AUUUGAAUUAGGCAGGUCCUCGCGUUGUUAUUAUCAGAUCCCCCCACACACGGUUAUGUUAUAAACCCAGAUCUUCGGAACGUCGGAAACUCGGAAACCCCCAAACUUUUACUUUUAUGGCUCUGUUAUUCCCUCGCGGCUGCCCGAGGCUGGCUCGCCAUCAUAACAUUUGACAUCAUAUUCCAUAGCAUGUCGGAACCCGAUCGCCAGCAAGAUGGAUGCCUUGACGCCCCCGCGGGCACGGAACGCGGCGCUGGAACAACACAUUCCACCAAUCCCGAUCCACGUCGUGUGGGGAAUUGUCGGCCUUGGUCAAUAGUAUCUGCCGGGUUGAGGGCAACAGAUAUCACGAUCCACAAAAUAAACACGCUCAUCUCUAGCUCCAUAGGCCAGGACACCGCUCUCGGCUCCAUUGAAUAUCUCUCACACGCCUUACAUUACUUUCUCCUCUCGAGAAUCUGGCAAAAGGUAAAGGCUCGCAUAUAUGCUCUUCUGCGAGUAAUCCAGAGACGUCAAACGACUCCAUGUCACGGUCUAUCCACCCCGACGCAAAUCAAAACCACGGCAUGGUCACCGCUACUGUCACUCUCAUCGUUGAUGUUCGACACUCGUUGCACUCUACGUCUUUUGGGAUUAUUCUCGAUAUGGGCCUGGGGCUCUGAGACCACAAAGGCUCCAACGGCGGAUCGAAUUGUCCGCGAACUAACACGACUUCAGCUGGUGGCGACCACAUCGUACCAACUGUUAGAAAAUGUCGCCUUUCUCAUGUCCAAAAAUGUUUUGCCGGAGAAAUUAUGGCGGAGGUUCGACAGUGAAAAACUUUAUUCUUGGAGUCUCCUUUCCCUCUGUGUGCAUAUGAUGCUCCAGUUGGGCAAGCUUUGGCGGGAGAGUGUACUUAGAAAGAGGGCAGACCAGAAGGCAGUGUCAUCCACUAAUGGUCAGAUCAACAUGAUUGACAAGGAGGCGGAAAGUACGAUUGAAGCCGACGACAAUGAUACGGACAUAUUAACGCGGCGAGAGGAAAUCCAUGCCGCCAGAAAGAGCUUGGUAUCAAGCCUGACUUGGGGAGCAUUAUGUGCGCACUGGGGCAUGCCUGCUGGGAUUGGGAUUCCGGAGUCCUUCAUAGGGGCCUUGAGCUUUGUUGCUGACGCUUGGGAACUGAGGGAUACGUGGAUUUCAAUUGAAGUUUCCUAAGGUAGAUGUCUCAGUGGCUCAAGUGUUGGCAAUACAAGGUAGCACAUUAUCUACGUCGUCCGGAAGAACAAUGCAUCAUGGUCGAUAUAGAUCUUCCAAAUGAAGAUCGUGACCCGCAGAAAUUGGUUCAUUUAUAAUAUGGAUGUGAGUUUACCUUGUAUCAUUGUGACUAUAGACGAAAGUCCUAUUGCUCGGGAUCUGUCAUCCGGCUGAUAGUACAUGCCCUCAUCUGCUAC